UUCUUCUUCGCCAGAGGUCUUGUGUUGGCGUAUUGGAGAAGGACUGGAGAACUCGCGCUAGGGUUUCGAUCGAUCGAUCGCCAUGGAUUCGCAGCCGCAACAGCGUCCGACACAACCGCAGCAGCGUCCGACACAACCGCAGCAGCAGCCCGUCGGUGAACCACCAUUGCCCCCUGUCGUCAUUGCGGUCAUCAUCUUCGCCGUUGUCAUCGCUAUGUUGCUUUCAUCGUUGUCAACAACAAACAACACCUAUUCCAUCCUGCAUCAAGUUCCUGAAGGUCAUGUUGGUGUGUAUUGGAGAGGUGGUGCUCUUUUGAGUACGAUUACUGAUCCAGGUUUUCAUCUGAAGCUGCCUCUAAUUACUCAUUUUGAGCCCAUUCAGGUGACCAUCCAAACAGAUAAGGUGAGGGACAUUCCAUGUGGUACAAAAGGUGGUGUCAUGAUAAGCUUUGAUAAAAUUGAGGUUGUAAAUCGCCUACGCAAGGAGUUUGUGUACGAAACACUUCUCAAUUAUGGCGUGAACUAUGACAAGACAUGGAUAUAUGAUAAGAUCCAUCAUGAGAUUAAUCAGUUUUGCAGUUCUCAUUCUCUGCAACAAGUUUACAUCGAUAUGUUUGAUCAGAUUGAUGAAAAAAUGAAGGAAGCUAUUCAAAUUGAUUGUACACGAUAUGCUCCUGGAAUUGAGAUCAUUGGCGUCCGUGUCACAAAGCCAAAUAUCCCAUCUAACAUAAAACGAAAUUUUGAGAUGAUGGAAGAAGAACGCACUAAGGCUUUGAUUGCAAUGGAGAAACAAAAGGUAGCUGAAAAGGAGGCAGAAACUCAGAAGAAAGUGGCAGUUUCUGAAGCUGAGAAGAAUGCUCAGGUUAGCAUGAUUCUCAUGGAACAAAAGCUGAUGGAAAAGAACAGUGCCAAGAGGCAGGCAGAGAUUGACAAUGAGAUUUUUAUUGCCCGGGAGAAGAGCUUGGCUGAUGCGAGCUUUUAUAGGCUAACAAAGGAAGCAGAAGCAAACAAACAGAAGCUCACACCACAAUUUCUCGAGCUCAGAUUCUUGGAAGCCAUUUCUAAGAAUUUAAAGAUCUACUUUGGAGACAAGGUUCCAAACAUGCUUCUUGAUCAGAGAUUGCUGGGAAGUAUUCUGCAAGAUGAUGUGAAGCAAAAUACAAGAGAGACGUAAAUGUCUCUUUGCUGCUUUACACUCUAGAGUACAUACAUCAUGUUCAUGUGUUGAUAUUUUGAGGCUCAAAAAUUCCUGCAUUGAACUUCAAAAGCAGCAUAUAGCAAAAAGAGUACACCAAACCUUUUUUUUUCCCUCAAUUUCCAAUUGUUUGGUUUUUGUCUUCUAUGUGAAAUGAGGAUUUCUUUUGCAUAUAGACUUUCUAUAAAUAUUGUGAUUCAUUUCUUCUA